AUGGAUUAUAAUCAAUCUGAUCAACAUACUUGUGAACCAUCAUCAUCGAUAUCAUCAUCAUCCACAUUCACAUCAUCCACAUCAUCAUUAGUCACAUCAACAUCAUCAUCGUCAACUGGUUCUGGUAUUUCUUCUUCCACAGUGUCAUCUAAUGAAAAUGAUACUCGUGAAAAAAUUCAACACCAUUUAAAAUAUAAUAAAACUGAAUAUAUAAUCCUUGACAAUCCAAAUUCAAAUAAUAAAAAGUCGUCUGUUUGCUGGCGUUCAUUUGGAUUUCCAGCGAAGCGCGACAUUAAUGGUGUUCCUCAGAAAAUUAAAAAUUUUGUUUCAUGCAAGAAUUGUUUUACCACUUAUUCAUAUGCUUCAAAUAGCACCACGUUUCUCAACAAGCAUAAUUGUUUAUCUUCUGAUCGAAAACCAAAUUCUACUUUAUCUUCAUCUUAUAAUACAUCGUCUUCUCAAACUUUGAUUACAACAUAUGGUCAACCAAAAACUGUUCGAUUACCUGAUUCACAUUCGAAAGAUAUGAAAGAUCUAUUGGUACGAUGGAUAUGUAAAGACAUGAGACCUUUUGCUACAGUUGAUGAUGAUGGAUUUCGUAAAAUUGCUCAACGUUGUGUUUCCAUUGGUGCUCAAUAUGGAAAUAUUGAUAUUAAUCAAAUUCUUCGUUCAUCGAGUACAAUUUCUUCACAUAUUCAUGAAUUAGCCGAUACUGAACGUGCUCGACUGAAGAAUCUUUUAUCUUUGGCUACUAAAAAUGGUUCUCUUUGUUUAUGUCCUGAUUUAUGGACAGAUAGCAAUCGACAAUGUUCCUAUUUGGGUAUUACUGCUUCCUUUGUUGAUGAUGAAUAUCAUUUGCAUAAUAUUGAUUUAUGUUGUCAUCCGUUUCCUAAUGUAAGGAAAACAGCUGAAAAUAUUAUUAUAGAAUUGGAAAAGGCCUUGAGUCGAUUCGAAAUUUUUGAUCUUCAUGGUAUAACAUUUGUUUCUGAUCGAGGUGCUAAUUUCCUUAAGGCAUUAAAACGUUUUCAAGCUUAUUCAUGUGCUGCUCAUCGGCUAAACAAUAUUGUCAAACGUUGUUUUUUUGUUAAUGAGAAAAGUAAAAAACAAGAUGAUCUUGAAGAAAAUGUUUUUACUAAUGAUGAUGAACUUGAAGAAGAUAUUGAAGCUCUAAUCGAUGUAACUGCAUUAAGUGAUAUACCAAGAAAAGCUUUGCACGUUCUUCAAAACAUAAUCGAAUGCAAAAAACUCGUCAAAUACGUAAAGAAAUCUGGAAUAAACCCAGAAAUUAAAGAAUAUGGUGGUGUUAGUCUUAAACAGUCAAUUAAUGUUCGUUGGCUUUCUUUUAUCAAUCUCCUCGAAUCCAUUGACCGAUCAUUUUUUUCUAUAAGAAAGGUUUUGGCGAAUAAGAAAAAAACUUUUGCAAUUGAACGUGAAGUUGUACAAGGUUUGAUUCGACUUUUAUUACCAUUCAAAGAAUUACUUACUAAGCUUCAAACUUCGAAAACACCUUCUAUCCAUCUUGUUCUCAUUGGUAUUGGUAGCCUUCGAACAACUCUUUCAUCAUUUGAUAUGCUUUUGGAAUAUGAAAAGAAAAACAAAAUCUAUUUUCAAGAAGAAAAUUUAGAUUCAUUAGAUAUUAAUUCUUCAAAUUCAAUUCAAGAAGAUGAAGGUCUUCGAUUUUUUCGUCUUCGCUUAUCACAUCUAAUGGAAGAAAUGUUCUCAUUUGAACCUAUUCAUUAUGCGUCAAACAUGCUUCAUCCAAAAUAUCGACAUUUAAAAAAAACUAGCAGCCACGAUAAAAAUAAUUGUAAAUAUUUUAUUCGUCAAAUGAUGAAACUAGUCAUUGAUCAAGAAAAAUCUAGUUCGACAUUUUCAUUACAUUCAUCAACCAAUCAUGAUGGAGAAUCAUGUCCGAAAAAACGAAAAUAUUUUGGUGAAGAGUACGAAACUGGUAAUGUCAGUGAUGAGUAUGACAUGGAUGAUGAUGAAUUAGAAAGAUAUCUUUGUAAACGUUUGGAUUUAACAAAUUUAUCUGAUAAUCCACUUGAUUUCUGGAAAAACAACAAAAUUGAAUUUCCGGUCUUAGCGAAAGUUGCUUGUCAAAUAUUUAGUGUACCAGCAACAUCUGCAUGUGUUGAAAGGUCUUUUAGUUCUGCUGGAAAUAUUGUUACAAAACGUCGAACCAACAUCAAGCCUACUCAGCUAAAUAAUGUUCUUUUUUUACGAUCUUUUUAUUCGUUUAAAUGAUGAUAAAUGGUUUUAUGUAUAUUUAGAUAUUGUUUAUUGAUAUAUGAAAUUGUUUUUAUUUAUGUGCUCAUAGUUUGUAUUUGUUGUUAAUAUUCUUUGAAAAUGUAAUCUAUAUAUGUGAAAUAAAACAGAUCAUAGCCUGUUUGAAAACAAACUAGAAAAAUUGUUCUAACGGUACGGUAUUUCGCGAGACGGUAUACUAUGAACUUCAUGCGGUAACGGUACGGUACAGUAUUGAAAAAAAAUUAAGUGGCACGGUACGGUACGGUAGAGUACUGAAGAAAGCGGUACACGGUACGAGACGGUAUCAAAUUUUUGCAAUACCGCCGGUCUCUGAUUUGAAUCCUGUAUUUUUACAUCGACAGACAUAAUUUUCUCAAAAAAGUGAGCCUACCCUAGAUUGGAGUCAUUCCGCCGUCUCCGUAUCGGUGUGCUCAGGCGCUAUUUAAAAUAGCUA